AUCGUUUGCGGCGUCGUUAAAUGCUGGAAGGUGUAGAAGCAACAUGAUCCGCACAAAUGUCGCGUUUUCAUUCCUAUACUUCCUGUGCUGCUUAGCAUCCUCCAUCGCUUUCGUAUUCGAGGAUUGCGGCUCGGAAGUAGGCAAGUUCAACGAAAUAUCAAUUUCGAGCUGUGAUACGUCGGAAGAAAAAUGUUCGAUAAUCCGCGGCAGUGAGACACGCGUGUCUCUCAAAUUUACACCGAGUCUAGACAUUUCAAAUGUCAAAGCACGCGCAUACGGUGUAUUGCUCGACGUGCCUGUGGAAUUUCCGAUGGACAAACCGGAUGUGUGCAAAGAUCCCGAUUCUGGAGUCAACUGUCCUUUGACGAAGGACCAGGAGAACGAAUAUAAGUCUUCAUUCACGGUGGACAAAAAAAUUCCCGCGUUGAGCCUCGAUGUCAUGUGGGAAUUCGUGAACGAGAAUGAUAAAACAAUAAUAUGCGUAAAAUUCCCGGUAAAAAUUAAAUAAAAAGCAUUUUUUAUGGCAAAGAGAUGACAUCAUAUACUUUUAUGACAACUCGCGAUCAAUUGAAUUGAUCGCUCGGCUGAAUUCAGAUGGACACGUUUUACCAGAGUUUCUAAGCAACAAUUAGUCUCGCAUUUUUUAACACGCAUGUCAAUGUAUCUCAUCAAGUAAAAUUAUCAAAUAAAUAAAUAAUAAUAAAUAUA